UGAGAGUGAAUGUGAGUUUUUUUAUCUUUCAUUUUUGUGUAAUAAUAAAUUAUGGAAUCAAGGUGGAAGUUUCGUUGAUUUUAACUUGAAUUUUAUAAAGUGAUUCGUGAACUUGUUGUUUUUUUUGUGUUUAUUCGUUUUAUAUUGGAGUACUUAUGCCUGCACAGCAAUUUUUAAGGAUACCUGCUUGAAAAGAGAAAUUCAUGGAACUUCUCAAUGGUCACCACAAGGAGGAGCCAGGCUUGUGACGAUUUAAAGUGAUAGUCUUGAAGUUUGUUACAAACAACACGAAGACCCCUACAACCAUCAUAUUCGAUUACAUAUUACGAUUUAUUUGAAAUUUAAAAACUCACAUCUUUAGUUCAACAAAAUUGCCCCAAACUGUAUUCCCAUCAAAGUCGGAUAGUACCUCCGUCUUCGUCGUCGUCGUCGCACCAACAACACCAUCGUCGUUACUCUACCAUACAAAUAACGAACACGAACACAAACACAAACACAAAUACAAAUACCGCCGCCGGUAAUAAUACAAAACAAACAGACCUGUUUAUGGGUGCAGUCGGUGAACUUGAGCAAAAGACGAAAACAUUUGAAAGAUACGACAGUGUCGAGGAGAAGACCAGACCCACGGGCUUCACAUCAGUGUUUUCGAAAAUAAUCGAUGGUAUGCCAGCUGCAACGAUGUUCUCGAAAUUCAAGAGUGGCACCACUGGUCCACAGAAUCCCGUCGAUACGAAUCCAAUAAUUCAGUAUUUCGAAAUUGGAAAGCAGACAGCUUGUGCCGGCCCCGAAUUGGCAUGGAAAAUUCAUGAUGCGUAUCGGAAAAGUGAUGGCAAGGAAUGUUCCGUAUUCAUUUUCGAAAAGAAAAUCGCUGAAAAACUUCAUAAACCUAAACGAAAAGAGACAAUCACUGAAAUUCUUCGAUCUUCAGUUAAACAACUCGAACGGUUUCGACAUCCAAAGAUUUUACAAAUACUUCAUACAGUGGAAGAAUGCUCUGAUACAUUGGCAUUUGCAACAGAACCAAUUCUUGCCAGCCUUGCGAAUAUCCUUGCAUAUCAGGAAGCCGGAACUUAUGGACCGGUAACUGGACCCCCAAGUACGGGUGCAUCACAGCCUACAGUGCCAGUGGUUCAGAGACCAGCUCAUGCCCGAGAGUAUAAUUUCUUGGAUAUUGAAUUAAAAUAUGGAAUAUUACAGUUAACAGAAGCUUUAUCAUACCUACACUAUUCUGGUCACGUAGUACACCGGAAUGUGUGUCCUUCGUCCAUUUUGGUUACAAAAAAAGGAACUUGGAAACUAGCUGGACUCGAAUUUAUAGAAAAAGUUAAUGAGACUGAUGUUGCUGACUCAAUUGUUUGUCAACCAUGGAGUUCACGAAUAUCAAAAAUGGCUCAACCCAAUUUGGAUUUUACAGCUCCAGAAAUUCAAGCACAUUCAACGUGUAGCAUAUUAAGUGAUAUGUUUUCACUUGGUAUGGUUGUUUGUACGAUUUUCAAUCAUGGCCGACCACUUAUACAAGCUGGAAACUCUUCGUCGACGUAUUUGAAACAACUAGAAGUGCUGGAUGAUGCCGUUCACAAUAUGUUGCCAAGGGUACCGAUUCCAUUACAAGAGGCCACGUCACGUCUUGUUAGCAAAGAUCCAACAACGAGGCCAACAGCACAACUCCUGCAAUUGAUUAAGUACUUUAAUGAUCCCGCGGUGAAUGCCCUUAAAUUUUUGGACGUGAUUAACAUGAAGGAUCCGACACAAAAGUCACAUUUCUACCGAACGACACUUAAGGAAGUCCUGCAUCUUAUACCGAGGAAAUUAUGGUGGCAGCAUGUGUGGCCUUGUUUGCAACAAGAGAUGCGUACUGCAGAGGUUUUAGCUGCUGUUUUACAACCAGCCUUGGCGCUCGUUCAGGAAUCCACGCCGGAGGAAUACGAAGUCAUAAUUCUACCAACGUUUAGGGUUGUAUUUGCAUCGCCAAAAUCAAUUCAAGCAACUGUAACACUUCUAGAGAACCUACAUGUGAUAUUAGACAAGACUCCAACUGAAGAAAUUAAAAAUGAUGUUCUACCGCUGUUGUUCAAUGCAUUCGAAAGUACAACAAUUCAAGUGCAGAGUGCAGCCCUGGUGGCCGUUACAAAUGUAUAUGAUUGCAUAGAUGAGCUCUCCAUACGACGGAUGGUCUUGCCUAAAGUGAAAAUGGUCUUUGAGAAGAAUCACAACGAUGUCAAAAUUGUUGCCAAUGUUUUGUCCUGCAUAGAAAGGACAUUGGAGAAACUAGAUAAAGCUCAGGUUAUGGAUGAAGUUAUACCAUUGCUGUGGGAUGUUAGACUUUCAGAUCCUGAUAUUAUUCUACGAGUUGUGAACAUCUACAGGAAAAUGUUGUCCGAUAAAAAGUACGGACUGUCAGUCAACAUAAUGGCAACCAGGAUAAUGCCAUCCCUUAUUCCGCACACAGUUAAUCCCUCAUUAAAUCUGGAGCAGUAUACAAUUCUGCUGGAGGUAUUGCAAGAGAUGCUUGACCAUAUCGAUCGACAGCAGCGUAACAAAUUGAAACUGGACAAUUUAUCAAUACCAUCGCCGGAGCGACACCGAACGCUGAGGCAUCAAUUUUCAUCGGAUAACAUGCAUGUGCCACCAUUCAACAUUCCCAAUUUGCGUAUUGAUCAAAGGAAGACCUCCAGUGCCGAGGAUAUGGCGCGAAAGAACUCAACUGGUUCUGGAAUAUUGGGCGGUUGGUGGUUUGGUGGUUCACCUUCAUCGCCUGACAGUAAUUUCCUGCGCGUUUCAAAUGCGUUCCCCAAUCGACGUCUAUCGGACAAUACCCUGAUGACACCAAAAAUACGAAUAGCGCCAUCGUGUGCCUCCUCGCCAGGUGGUACACCCGGAGGUGGCUUACCUAUUCGGCGGCAUUCAAGUAUAGGACCACAGGAGAGACGCGGUUCUGCAAUAAAUCUCUCUCCACCGACUACGUACGGUUUCAGUGCUCGAGGAGGCUCAGGAUCGAGUCUUUCAGUGCCUUCAUCGUCCGUUUAUGUUGGUGGCUCUAUGCCCAACACAUCCAGCAGUGUUCCAUUUUUAUUAUCAUCAAGUAUGCAAUCAAUACGUUCGCGUCGUCCAUCAACAACAUUAUCAUCUGGUCCGCUUGGUUCUGGUUCUGGAUUAUUACAACAACUUGGCUCCGGAAUGUACCAGCUGUUUUCCGGUCGAACUUAAACAAAAUAAAAUAUAUAUAUAUAUCUAUACUCAAACUAACAUGCUGGUUCAACAUAACUAACUAACUAACUAUAUAAACAGUUAAGAAAGUUUAAAAAAAAUAAUUUUUUAAACCAAAAUACAACAAGAACAAGAACAAAAAAAACAUGAAACAAUAUUUGCCGACACUUUCUUUUUUUCAAAAUAUUCUCAAUGUUUUUAUUAUUAAAAUAUAUCAAUACAUAUUUACAUUUAAUAUAAAUACUUCUUAUCUACAAAAAAAAAGAAAACAAAUAAAAUCAACAUAUCUUUGUAUGUUUAAAAAAUAUUUAGCAAAAAUCUCUAUAGACUAUAGCUUUCAAAAAUCAAUCAUCAUAUCACAAAACACUCUUCAUAUAGCCUUUAAAAACUUUAAGUUUAUUUAUUUUGGGUUUUAAUACAAUUUGUUUAUUUAGAAACUAUUGUUUUUAAGUCAUACUAUUUUACAAUUUAGUCGAAGCUCAAGUUUCUAAAACGUUGACAAUUUUUGAGAUUGAAUUUCAAAAUCUUAGCUAGUGUUAGAAUUUUAUUAAUUUAUUACUUUUUGUUCACUUAAUUGUUUGUUAACAUUUAGUUUAAUAACCCUUAAAAAUAUUCCAAUUUUUUUUCAAUUUCAAAUCAGAAAAAAACUAGAUUUUUUUGGAAAACAAGUCAGAGUACUAAAAUUAAUCAGACAGGAAUUAAAGUUAGCCAGAAAGAAAAAUGAAAUAACUCCUUUUUUUUUAAAGAAAUACGAAACUUUGAAUUGUAUAUGCAAUUUCGAAAAGGGCACAUGUAAAAUAUUUAGUGAAAUACAUUUUUUCAUACUAAUGCGACCCUUUUAGAUCGCAAACAGCA